GGGGCCCUCUGCUGAGAGAUCGAGAGGCAGCCGUUGUAAUUUAGCACGGAGGGGAAAGUUCAUCGGAGCUGUUGCAGUCCACUUGAACGACAUGACAGCGUUCACAGCGCACUGAAGCUCACACCUGAUCGAUCACAGGCUGGCAGUUCCGGGCACUGAGCGCCAUGCAGGGCCGGGCAGGAAAAGCCCCCAAACGGGAGAUGGUGAUAGAGUCACCACAGAAGUACAAGUGCUUGGCUGAGAUUGAAGCAGAGGUGGAAGCUGGUUCACAGGUGACCUCGGUCAAGCCCAAGGUCAUCGAGCCUCUGGACUAUGAGAGUGUGAUCAUACAAAGCAAAAUGCAGAUCAUUAGCGAUGGUCUGCGGGACAUGCUGCAGUUCCCUUUGGAUGACUUUCAGAUCCUCACUCUGAGGCGCCAAGGCCGGACUGUGUUCUCCACUGUGCCAGAAAAUGCAGAACAAGAAGCACGCUCGCUGUUUGUCCAAGAGUGCAUGAAAACAUAUCAAUCAGACUGGCAUGUGGUCAAUUACAAGUAUGAGGAAUAUUCUGGGGACUUCCGACAGCUUCCCAAUAAGGUGUUAAGGCCUGAGAAGCUGGUCACUCACCUGUUUGAGGUGGAUGAAGAUGUGGAAAAAGACGAGGACGCAGACUCGCUUGGAUCUCACAAGGGAGGAGUGUCGAAACACGGCUGGCUGUACAAGGGCAACGUCAACAGCGCAAUCAGUGUUACGAUGCGAUCCUUCAAAAGGAGAUACUUCCGUCUGGCUCAGCUUGGAGACGGAUCAUACAAUCUCAAUUUCUACAAGGACGAAAACACCUCCAAGGAACCCAAGGGAACCAUCUUCCUUGAUUCAUGCAUGGGGGUUGUUCAGAACAAUAAAGUCAGGAGGUUUGGCUUUGAGCUGAAGAUGCAAGAAAAGAGCACCUUCUUGCUGGCUGCAGAGAGUGAACUGGAGAUGGAGGAAUGGGUCAGUACGCUCAACAAAAUCCUCCAUAGCAACUUCGAACAGGCCGGACAGGAGAAACAUCACAGGGACUUACAAGAUGAUGAGGAUGACGGAAAAGCCGACCUCUCCUCUGAAACUUUUCAGGACAGUUUUCAGACGGCCAGAGAUAAUGAGUUUAAAAUGAGGAGCGAAGCCAGGCUGAAGUUGUUUUCACUGGACCCUGAUGCCCAGAGACUCGAUUUCACUCGCCUUGAGCCAGACGUGCGUCAAUUUGAGGAGAAAUUUGGCAAGAGGCUCUUGGUCAGCUGUCACGACUUGCUGUUCAACCUGCAGUGCUGCAUUGCGGAGGAUGGAGAAGGCCCAACAACCAACGCACGUGCUCUUAUAAAAGUCACAAAUCACCCUUGUCCACUGUCGGCUCCUGUCCAUUUUCAAAUUCAUCUCGAGCGAAGGGGCGAGGGGCCCUUUGGCAGCCGAAGGCUGGCCAGCGGUUUUCCAGAGGCAGCGCUCCAGUACCCCACGCAGGGGGUGUUUUCAGUCACCUGCCCCCAUCCUGAGAUCUUCCUGGUGGCGAGGAUUGAAAAGGUGCUCCAAGGGGGCAUCACCCAUUGUACUGAACCCUACAUGAAGAGCUCAGACUCCACAAAGAUGGCUCUUAGGGUGCUGAAGAACGCAAAGAUGGCCUGCAGCAGAUUGAGCCGGUACCGGAUGCCGUUCGCCUGGUCUGCAAGGCCUGUGUUCAAAGAUGCAUCGGGAACUUUGGACAAAAAUGCUCACUUUCCCGCGCUUUACCGUCAGGACAGCGGCAAGUUGUCCGAUGAGGACAUGUUCAAACUUCUCACUGACUUUAGAAAACCAGAGAAAAUGGCGAAACUUCCUGUGCUGUUAGGGAAUCUGGAUGUAACUCUUGAUUGCGUGGCCCCGGAUGUGACCAAUUGCCUCACUUCCUCCUACAUCCCUUUGAGGAACUUUGAAGUCAAUGGAUCAAGCGGCGCCGCUCUGGAGGUGGAGGAAUUUGUACCCUCCAUCGCCAAAUGCUCCCAACCCUUCACCGCCUAUAAAAACCAUCUUUAUGUCUAUCCAAAGCACCUCAAAUAUGACGGUCAGAAAUCGUUUGCUAAGGCCAGAAAUAUUGCAGUUUGCAUUGAAUUCAAGGAUUCUGACAAAGCGGGCGCUCAACCACUAAGGUGCAUCUAUGGCCAUCCUGGAAGUUCCCUAUUCAUCAAACAAGCUUACGCAGCUGUUUUGCACCACCACCAGAACCCUGAAUUCUACGACGAGAUAAAGAUAGAACUGCCAACUCAACUGCACCAAAAGCACCACCUGCUUUUUACCUUCUAUCACAUUAGCUGUGACAACAACAAGAAGAAGAAAGAUGUGGUGGAGACCCCAGUGGGCUCAGCAUGGUGGCCUCUGCUAAGAGAUGGUCGGGUCAACAUGAGUGAGCAGCAGCUACCCGUGGCUGCUCAUUUGCCCACGGGCUACCUCAGUUGCCAAGAUGCUGUCACGAAGCAAUCUGGCUCGGACAUCAAGUGGGUUGACGGAGGAAAGCCGCUGUUCAAAGUCUCAACGCAUCUCGUUUCCACAAUUUACACUCAGGAUCAACACUUGCACAAUUUCUUUCACCACUGUGAAAGCAUCCAAGUGUCAGAACAACCGUCAGAGGGCGGGCUGGUGAAAUUCCUGAAGAGUCUCCACGCCAUGGAAGGCCACGUCAUGGUGAACUUUCUUCCCACCAUCCUCAACCAGCUGUUUUGUGUCCUCACCGGGGCCUCGCAUGAAGAUGUCGCUGUCAACGUGACAAGGGUAAUGGUGCACAUUGUAGCGCAAUGCCACGAAGAGGGGCUUGAGCAUUACCUGAGGUCUUAUGUCAAGUUUGUCUUUAAACCAGAGCCUUAUUCCGCCAAUGGUGAAAGCAACAUUCAUGAGGAGCUGACAAAAGCCAUGACAGCAAUUCUGAAACCAUCCACUGAUUUCCUAACAAGCAACAAGCUGCUGAAGCAUUCUUGGUACUUCUUUGAAGCGUUGGUCAAAUCAAUGGCUCAUUAUCUCACAGAGAGUGGUCAAGUCAAGCUGUCAAGAAACCAACAUUUUUCCGCCUCCUUCUACCAUGCUGUUGAGAUCUUGGUCAACACGCUGAUACCUCACAUCACCCAGAAAUACAAGGACAACCUGGAUGCGGCGCGCAAUGCUAAUCACAGCCUGGCGGUUUUCAUUAAGCGCUGCUUCACCUUCAUGGACCGUGGAUUUGUGUUCAAGCAGAUCAAUAAUUACAUGAAUUGCUUUAUACCUGGCGACUCCAAGACUUUGUAUGAGUUUAAAUUUGAGUUCCUGAGGAUCGUGUGCAACCAUGAGCAUUACAUUCCUCUCAAUCUUCCCAUGCCGUUUGGAAAAGGACGCAUACACAGAUUCCAAGAGCUUCAACUGGACUAUUCAUUGACUGAUGACUUCUGUCGAAACCACUUCUUGGUGGGUCUGCUGCUGAGGGAGGUGGGCAGCGCCUUACGGGAGAUCCGAGAAAUUCAGCAGAUCGCCAUCCAGGUGCUGAAGCGGCUGAUGGUCAAACACGCAUUUGAUGAUCGCUAUGCCGCCAAAAGCCAUCAGGCCAGACUUGCCACUCUCUACCUGCCCUUGUUUGGCCUACUACAAGAAAACGCCCACAGGCUUGAAAGCAAGGAGUUUGUUCUUCCAAACCAGCACAAUAAACCACGAGAGGACUCACUGGCGGUGACCUCUCUGGUGACCCCUCAAAAGCAGAGCAUGUACAUUGACGGUGCUCUUCACAAAGAUGGUUUUGCAGCAACCUCUCCUCACAGUUCCACUCCCAACGUUGGUUCAGUUCGCCUUGCGGACUCCCGAGGCUCGCUGGUCUCCACCGACUCUGAGAGCAGCCUGCUGGAAAAGAAUUGCGACAGAGCACAGGCCCUGGAGAAGGACCACUGUGCUUCUAAUCUUCGCAGCGCUGUGCUGCGAUGUGAUAAAAUGGACCGAGAUGAGAGCAAAAACCUGCUCACGUGCUUUCUGCAUAUCCUCAAAAGCAUGUCAGAAGAUGCCCUUUAUGCAUACUGGCGCAAAGCAUCGUCCUUGGAGCUGAGGGACUUUUUUACACUGCUGGAAGUCUGCCUUCAUCAGUUUCGAUACAUGGGGAAGCGAGUCAUUGUCAGGAGUCAUGAAGCGGCAAUGCCUCUGGGUCCAGACCGAAAGUCCUUGACUCUGCCUGUGUCUCGUAACAGGGCGGGGAUCCUGCACGCCCGCUUACAACAGCUCGGGACAUUGGACAAUUCGCAUACGCUCAACAACAUUUACUCCCAUACAGAAGCGGAUGUGACCAGCCAAUGUUUGCUGGAGGCCAACGUGUCCACGGAGGUGUGUCUGACCGUGCUCGACACAUUGAGCAUUUUCAUCACGGGAUUUAAGAGCCAGCUGAUCUCAGAUCUUGGCCACAACCCACUGAUGAAGAAAGUAUUUGAGCUGCAUCUGUGCUUUCUGCAGAUCCCUCAGUCUGAGGCUGCUCUCAGGCAGGUCUUCAUCUCACUGAGGACUUUUAUCUUCAAGUUCCCCUGUACGUUCUUUGACGGCCGGGCCGACAUGUGCGCCUCCCUAUGCUACGAGAUCUUGAAGUGUUGCAACUCCAAGCUGAGCUCCCUCCGCAAUGCCGCCGCCCAUCUCCUUUACCUCCUCAUGAAGAGCAACUUUGACUACACCGGACGGAAAUCGUUUGUCAGAACCCAUCUGCAGGUGGUCAUCGCCGUCAGUCAACUGAUCGCCGAUGUGAUCGGCAUCGGGAGCACGCGUUUCCAGCAGUCUCUGUCUAUCAUUAACAACUGUGCAAACGGGGAUCAAAGCAUCAAGCACACUGCGUUCCCCUCAGAUGUGAAGGACCUGACCAAACGAAUCCGAACGGUGCUCAUGGCCACCGAGCAAAUGAAGGAGCACGAGAAUGACCCGGAGAUGUUGGUGGACCUCCAGUACAGUUUAGCCAAGUCGUACACGAGCACGCCAGAGCUCCGCAAGACCUGGUUGGACAGCAUGGCCCGGAUCCACAACAAGAAUGGCGACCUUUCAGAGGCAGCCAUUUGCUACGUGCACGUCGCAGCUCUGGUUGCUGAGUACUUGUGGAGGAAAGGAAUGUUCAGCCACGGCUGCUCGGCCUUUCGCGUCAUCACUCCAAACAUUGAUGAAGAGGCAGCCAUGAUGGAGGACGUCGGGAUGCAGGAUGUGCAUUUUAACGAGGAGGUACUGAUGGAGCUGUUGGAGGAGUGCGCCGAUGGUCUUUGGAAUGCAGAGCGCUAUGAGCUCAUCGCUGAUGUCUACAGGCUCAUCAUUCCCAUUCAUGAAAAACGUAGAGACUUUGAGAAACUGACGCACGUGUAUGAUACGCUCCACCGAGCCUACACUAAAGUUUUGGAGGUGAUGCAUACCGGCAAACGUCUGCUGGGCACAUACUUCAGAGUGGCCUUUUUUGGACAGGGCUUUUUCGAGGACGAAGAUGGCAAAGAAUACAUCUACAAGGAACCCAAGUUCACCCCCCUGUCUGAGAUUGCGCAGAGGCUGUUGAAGCUCUACUCGUACAAGUUCGGUCAAGAGAAUGUCAAGAUCAUCCAGGAGUCAGGAAAGGUGAACCCAAAGGACCUGGACUCCAAGUACGCCUACGUCCAAGUAACGCACGUCGUGCCCUACCUCGAUGACAAGGAGUCGGAGGAGAGGAAGACUGACUUUGAGCAAAGCCACAACAUCCGUCGUUUUGUUUUUGAGACGCCCUUUACGGUGUCGGGCAAGAAGCAGGGUGGCGUGGAGGAGCAGUGUAAACGGCGGACCAUUCUCACCACCACCCACUGUUUCCCCUACGUGAAGAAGCGCAUCGCCGUCAUGUAUCAACAUCAGAGUGACCUCAGCCCCAUCGAGGUCGCCAUCGACGAGAUGAGCACAAAAGUGGCCGAACUGCAACUGCUGUGCUCGGCCUCCGAGGUGGACAUGAUUCGGCUGCAGCUUAAACUGCAAGGCAGCGUCUGUGUUCAGGUCAACGCCGGUCCUCUCGCUUAUGCCAGAGCCUUCUUAGAUGACACCGGUGCGAAGAAAUACCCGGACAAUAAGGUCAAGCAACUCAAAGAGGUCUUCAGGCAUUUCGCGGAGGCCUGCGGCCAGGCACUCGCUGUAAACGAGCGCUUGAUUAAAGAGGAUCAGCAGGAGUAUCAUGAUGAAAUGAAGGCCAACUACCGGGAUCUGACUCGGGAGCUGUCAAACAUCAUGCACGAGCAGAUCAACCCCGUGAAUGAUGGCACCAGCGGCACUUUGUCCGACUCAAUGGGCAUCUUCAAUGCCAUUAGCGGCACACCCAACAAUGCUCCCAUUUUCUAACAUGGAUCUUUUCACGUCCAACUCCAAGGUUUUCACAUCUUUGUCAGUUGCCAUUCGGCCACCUCUCCACUCAAGUCGCUAAACAAGUGGCCGGCGCAUUGAGCCAGCAUCCGUUCUCAUUUCUACCCAUUGCACUCGCCUGCUGUGAUCAGUCUCUGCUUGUCUUGUUUCCCGUGGAGACAGCAGUGAAUAGGUAUUGACAUUCGCGUUUUGAAAUUUUCAUCUGCCCGCCAUAGAGUUUAGCCUUGUGUCUAUCAUUCUAGAUCAUUAUAUACAGCGCACAUUUCAGAAGCCUCUUGCCUGUAUUCGUCUCGCGUAUACUGUCUAUCCGAUCUGUCUCUGGCACCGAACAACUGCAGUCUUUUUCCAGCCUCAAAGAAUUAUUACUCGGUGUUCGACUAAUGCUGAGGAAAUGAUCACAAGCUACACAAAAACAGUGAGGCCUUGAGAUACGAAUGGCUUAGUUUUAGUUUUUUUUUUUUUUUUAAUCUAAACCGUUUUUCUGCUUUUUGCUUUGACUUGCGAGCAACAAGUAGACCAAUUAUAAAACUAACUCAUAGUCAUAUAUUCUUUAUCCUCUACGACUAAUAUUACCUCAUUUUACUUCAUGACGGUCUCCCUUUAUAUCCGUAUGUCUGCAUGACACUGCCCCCAGGUGGGCAAGUAGUGCACAGCAGCAGGCGCAACACAAUUUAUUCUGGAUUGAAGGUACAAUUUUUCUGAUCAAAAGCAUCUCGCGCUUGUGUUUUGAGGUACAAUGUGGUCACGGAACGAGUUAAACUUGUAUCUCAAGCUGCCGCUAUAUCCUGUUUUGUGUAUUCGCUAUAUCCUGUUUAGUACUCCAGGGAUACACAGAGUUGCCAAAAACUUUUGCUCCGCAACACAAGAGUGUGGCAGCUUGUCAUGGGCAGGUUAGUUUCUAUAUAGCUGAUGAUGUCGUUUAUAAUACGUGUCAGACAUCUUUGGCAUUUGUACAUAUCUUUCGUUUUAAUGAUAUGUGAAAUGAUGAUACAGUAUGUGGGGAAACAUGCAUUUUCCAAUAAAGUGUUUUGCAAGUGAA